CCGUCAGCCUAGGUUGAGGCACCCUGCGUGUGUCUAUAACUUUGUGCUGCUGCCGCGGCCGCCCUGCUGGUGGAAGGAAGGAGGAGGAAUGUGGAAGGCGGCGGCGCGCAGGCUGACAGGCGGUUCCUCCGGCGGGCUGCAGCGGCGGCCGGAGCACCUCUCCUUCGCCGAGGUUGCGCGCCCCCUCCUCACCGUGCCCCGGGCCCGCGCGGGAUUGUGCGUCCUCCCCCCUCGUCCCUGAAGGGAAGGAAUCGAGUGUUUUUAAAGGACUUGAGUGAAGGGGGAAAAAACUGUCAAGAUGGCAGCAGCGGGAGCAAGGAGGUGAUGAACGUGCUGGUCCGGGUUUUCUGGCGGCCCGGGAAGACUUGGCGCUUCCCGACCUGUUGGAAGAUUUAUGUUUGACUUGCCCCCUCCCCCCGAUCUUUACAGGGAAGCGGGUGGAGGGCACAACGUGCGCGAGAAAAUAAACCACACAAAACCCCAAAGUGGCUGUUCCUGCUCGGCUCGACCCUUUGCGAACACCAGCCGAGCUGCCUAUCCCCCUUCCCGUCUUUCUCUUUUCUGGAAGUGAUAAGGGCCAUUUGCGCGCGGAUCCACGUUCGCCCUCCCGGCCCGCGGGCUAAGAGGGGAGAAGGGAGCUGCCCGCGCCGUCCCCGCGCUCGGGCCCCUCCACUGGGAGGGGAGGUGGCAGGGGAGGCGCGGAGGCGGCAGGGCUGGGGACGGGGAGGAGAGCUGAAGACGCCACAGACUUUGGCGGCGGCGCCGCGGGAAGCACUUGAGCGGCCCCGAGCGAAACAUAAACAAACGCACGCCCGCCCGAGCUCGGACUCCGACCGCGGCACCGCUGCGCCAGCUCCGGCCGCUGCCCGAUUUAAAGGCGCGGCCCGCGCCCCUCCCCCUCCCCGCCCCUCCCCCUGCCUCCCCGCCCAGCCACCUAACCCAGGAGGGACCUGCGGCUCUGGCAGCGGCCGGGGGAGGGGGCUGCCCCGUGCGAGCCCGUCGAUUCGCUCCCGUCUCCCCCGCGGCCCGGCCAGGGGGCGGUGUCUGCUGCGCCAGGUUCGCGGGACGCACGUCUCCAGGUCUGCCUGCUCCUGGGAGGCGGGCGCGGUGCGCUCGGGCGGCGGCAGCGGCAGCGGCGGGCGAGGACUCGCCGAGGACUGGGCUCCGGCCCGGGAUAACCAACUCUCGUUCUCUCUUCUCUUGUGCUUCCCCAGCGGUGGCGGCGGCAGCGGCGCCCAGGAGCCCGAGUCUUCGCGGCGCCCCGGUCCCUCCCCCGCCGCACCCCUCCCCGGCGCGAGAGGAGAGCGCGAGAGCCCGAGCCGCCGGCGGGCGGGCGGCGAAGAUGGCAGAGGCGCCGGCCUCCCCGGCCCCGCUCUCUCCGCUCGAAGUGGAGCUGGAUCCGGAGUUCGAGCCCCAGAGCCGGCCGCGCUCCUGUACGUGGCCCCUGCAGAGGCCGGAGCUCCAGGGGAGCCCGGCCAAGCCCUCGGGGGAGGCGGCCGCCGACUCCAUGAUCCCUGAGGAGGAGGACGAUGAAGACGACGAGGACGGCGGCGGGAGGGCCGGCUCGGCCAUGGCGAUCGGCAGCGGCGGGAGCGGCUCGCUGGGCUCCGGGCUGCUCCUUGAGGACUCGGCCCGGCUGCUGGCUCCCGGAGGGCAGGACCUCGGGGCCGGGCCAGCCCCGGCGGCGGGCGCGCUGAGCGGGGGGACGCAGACGCCGCUGCAGCCUCAGCAGCCACUGCCACCCCCGCAGCCGGGGGCGGCUGGGGGCUCCGGGCAGCCGAGGAAAUGCUCGUCGCGGCGGAACGCUUGGGGGAACCUCUCCUACGCCGACCUGAUCACUCGCGCCAUCGAGAGCUCCCCGGACAAACGGCUCACUCUGUCCCAGAUCUACGAGUGGAUGGUGCGUUGCGUGCCCUACUUCAAGGAUAAGGGCGACAGCAACAGCUCCGCCGGCUGGAAGAACUCUAUCCGGCACAACCUGUCGCUGCAUAGCCGGUUCAUGCGGGUCCAGAAUGAGGGGACUGGCAAGAGCUCUUGGUGGAUCAUCAACCCUGAUGGGGGGAAGAGCGGGAAGGCACCCCGGCGGCGGGCCGUCUCCAUGGACAACAGCAACAAGUACACCAAGAGCCGUGGCCGUGCAGCCAAGAAGAAGGCAGCCCUGCAGACAGCCCCCGAGUCAGCAGACGACAGUCCCUCCCAGCUCUCCAAGUGGCCUGGCAGCCCCACAUCACGCAGCAGCGAUGAGCUGGAUGCAUGGACGGACUUCCGCUCACGCACCAAUUCCAAUGCCAGCACAGUCAGCGGCCGCCUGUCACCCAUCCUGGCAAGCACAGAGUUGGAUGAUGUCCAGGAUGAUGAUGCGCCACUUUCCCCCAUGCUCUACAGCAGCUCAGCCAGCCUCUCACCCUCUGUAAGCAAGCCAUGCACCGUGGAGCUGCCACGGCUGACCGACAUGGCGGGCACCAUGAAUCUGAAUGAUGGGCUGGCUGACAACCUCAUGGAUGACCUGCUGGAUAACAUCACGCUCCCAUCGUCCCAGCCAUCGCCCCCCGGAGGGCUCAUGCAGCGGAGCUCUAGCUUCCCAUACACCACCAAGGGCUCCGGCCUGGGCUCUCCCACCAGCUCCUUUAACAGCACGGUGUUCGGACCCUCGUCUCUGAAUUCUCUGCGUCAGUCUCCCAUGCAGACCAUCCAAGAGAACAAGCCAGCUACCUUCUCUUCCAUGUCACACUAUGGCAACCAGACACUCCAGGACCUGCUCACUUCGGACUCACUCAGCCACAGUGAUGUCAUGAUGACCCAGUCAGACCCCUUGAUGUCUCAGGCCAGCACCGCUGUGUCUGCCCAGAACUCCCGCCGGAACGUGAUGCUUCGCAAUGACCCAAUGAUGUCCUUUGCCGCCCAGCCUAACCAAGGGAGUUUGGUCAAUCAGAACUUGCUCCACCACCAGCACCAAACCCAGGGCACUCUCGGUGGCAGCCGUGCCUUGUCGAAUUCCGUCAGCAACAUGGGCUUGAGCGACUCCAGCAGCCUUGGGUCAGCCAAACACCAGCAGCAGUCUGUCAGCCAGUCUAUGCAAACCCUCUCAGACUCUCUCUCAGGCUCCUCCUUGUACUCAACUAGUGCAAACCUUCCCGUCAUGGGCCAUGAGAAGUUCCCCAGCGACUUGGACCUGGACAUGUUCAAUGGGAGCUUGGAAUGUGACAUGGAGUCCAUUAUCCGUAGUGAACUCAUGGAUGCUGAUGGGUUGGAUUUUAACUUUGAUUCCCUCAUCUCCACACAGAACGUUGUUGGUUUGAACGUGGGGAGCUUCACUGGUGCUAAGCAGGCCUCAUCUCAGAGCUGGGUGCCAGGCUGAAGGAUCACUGAGGAGAGGGGAAGUGGGCAAAGCAGACCCUCAAACUGACACAAGACCUACAGAGAAAAACCCUUUGCCAAAUCUGCUCUCAGCAAGUGGACAGUGAUACCGUUUACAGCUUAACACCUUUGUGAAUCCUGCACCAUUUUCCUAACCCAGCAGAGACUGUUAAUGGCCCCUUACCCUGGGUGAAGCACUUACCCUUGGAACUGAACUCUCUACAGUAUGCAAACUCUUCCUUGUAUGGGGUGAUGAGCCAUCUGCCAGCGAAGGACAAGCACCCUGUUAGCACCACCCACCCUCGUCCAGAGCACACCGUGAGCCCCCUUGGGCAAUGCCGUGGUGUUUUAAUAUCUCGAUGGUUUAUGGGAUGUUCUAAGUGUUGUUUUUGUGUCUGUUUUCCUUUGACUUUGAGUUUUUCACAUGCUUUAACUUGCAGUAUUUUUAUGUUAAAAUGUUAAUCAUCCUUACCCUGACAAAUUUAAAAACAGAAGGAAAAUGUUGUACCAGUUACCAUUCUGGCUUUGGGCGUCACAAGCAUUUGAGCCCGUAGAACUUCAUAAACUAACAAAUUACAUAAACUAGAGGGGGAUUUUCUUUCUUCUUUUGUUUGGUAGAAAACUAUCCUUUUCUAGAAACUGAACAAUGGCACAACUGUUUGCUGUGUGCACCAGUCCAAGACUGAACCCUGCACAGGCAGAACGGAUGGAGCUCGGCGUCCGACCCAGUGUGUUUCAGGAAUGAGUCGGGGUGUUCAGGGGCCGAGAUCCCCCACACCUGGUCUGCAGUUGCCAGAUCCAUAGGGCCUGUGGUCUCCUGUCAGUAUCCUCAGCUAAUGCAGUGAACAGUGAUGGUGUGUUGGUUAGAAAUUAGGAUCUUUUCAAGGAAGAAAUCAGCUCAGCUGUCCACUCGUUGCCAAAUGCCACUAAAGGAUUUAGUUUUUAGGAGAAAAGACAAGGAAAAAAAAGUAGUCCUGUUUUGCUUUGCAGAAGAAAUGAACUUAACAGGUGAGCAUUAAGCCUGCGGUGAGAAAUAUGUGAAAAGUACAAACCCAAGUCACUAUUUUCCUAAAUACACACCCUUGAUUAUUUUCAGCUUUGCUGUGUAUAAUCUGAUCCACUAGAUGUGUAUGAGUGACAGGCAAUAGCAUACAAACUGAUUUUUUUUAUAUAUAUAUAAGCUUAGAUUGUAAUUGUACAAGUGACACGAUGGAAGUACAAAAUAGGGCAGUUUUGACUUUUUUUCUCCCACUUUCUUGCUUCAGUGGAUUUCAUUUUAUUUUGUUUUCAAAAAGUUAUGGUGCUGUAUAGGUGCUUUCUGUUUAACCCGGGAAGUGUGAUUAUCUUAGUGACCCUCUUUGGUAGACAGAAUAGUUGGGAACACCUUUGGUACAUAUGAAACUGGUGUAGGGAUGCUCUGAUUAGCACAGCAUAUGCAUACUUCUCCAAAGUGGUAUAUGAAGACUCUUUUCUUUGCAUAAAAAGCAUUAGGCAUAUAAAUGUAUAAAUAUAUUUUAUUCAUGUACAGUACAAAAAUGGAACAUUCUGCAUGGACGUUAGGAAUACAGGCUAGUAUUUCAGCACAGACCUGCCUGCAUGAGUUCUCGCAGAUGCUUGCACCGUGCAGUGGGCACUGACUCCCUCCCACCAACACAGACGUGCCACCUGACCCCCUGCACCCAACACCGGCCACCAGGGGCCCCCUUGUGUACCUUUGCUUUAUAAUUCUUCUGGGGGUGACAUUGGUGGUGAUAACAGCUCCUAGCAUCAUGAAAGUUCCAUUUGGUAUUGUCACACGUCUCGCCCACCUCGCUUGGGUUGUCCUGUUUGAUGGCCCUGUUGAUUUCACCCUGCCUUUUCCUGAAUCUGUAAAUUGUCGUGCAAUUGUGGUUAUGGUAGACCUGUAGCAUAUCGCCUUUUCUAAACUGCUACAAGUUUAUAAUCUUCAUUUUAAAAGUACAUAUAAUUUUUUAAAAUAUGUAUUCUAUUCACGUGGUCUGCUUGUCAGUGAGACAGACUUUUGCUUACUAUAUUCCUUUGUAAUAAUGCUAGCCAUUGCCUCGAUUCUUUGGGAGUCUGCUGUACACAAGAACUGUCCGGUGUCAGUGAAAGAGGGCUGCCUCUCUGGGUUCCCAAGUGCAGCUGCCCUGGUUGGAGGGAGAAGCAGUUCAGAGACAGCGACAGUAGCUGGGGUGGGGAGGUGAGGGGGUUAUCGGAUGCAAGGGAGAAUCCAGAGUGCUUCCAACAGGAGGGCCUUGAGAAUUUCUCUCCUGAGCUCGAAGAAACAAGCAAACU